CCUACCGAGCUACUAGAUAAUCACCCCCGCUUUUAUCGUUUAACAAGCGGUGAUUUCGGCUGCGGUAGUGAAAUUCUCCAUCCAUUCAUUCAUUUGCUGGCUGACGUGCAGCCACCCACCCACACCCGCCUCAUCAGCACCUCUCAAGCUAGGUCAGCAGUUCGUGCGGCGACUGGCGGCCACGAUGACGUCCAAGCCGGGAGUGGUGUUCGUGCUGGGUGCGCCGGGCUCCGGCAAGGGCACCCAGUGCGAAAAGAUCGUCGACAAGUUCGGCUUCGUGCACUUGUCGGCCGGCGACCUGCUGCGCGAGGAGCGCAACACGCCCGGCUCGCAGUACGGCGCCCUGAUCGAGGGCCACAUCACCGCCGGCACCAUCGUGCCCGUCGAGAUCACCUGCAGCCUGCUCGAGAAGGCCAUGCUCAAGUCCGGCGCAGACAAGUUCCUCAUCGACGGCUUCCCCCGCAACCAGAACAACCUUGACGGCUGGAACAGCGCGAUGGGCGACAAAGUGAAGCUGCUGUUCGUGCUGUUCUUCGAGUGUCCGCAGGAGGUGUGCACGUCCCGGUGUCUGCAGCGCGGCGCCGCCGGCAGCGGCCGCUCGGACGACAACCCCGAGAGCUUGGCCAAGCGUUUCGUGACCUACAUCAACGCCACGAUGCCCAUCGUGGAGCACUACCGCGCCCUCGACCUCGUGCGCACCGUCACCGCUGACAGACCGCCCGACGAGGUCUUCGUCGACGUCUGCAAAGCAUUUUCCGAGUAGAAAAGAAAUAUCUUGACCCCUUUGGCACCGUUUUUUCGAUGAUUAAUUUAAUUUUUGUGCUUUUUUGAUGAAUUGUUUGUAAAUCCGUGCCAUUUUUUGGUGUUUUACCAAAAAAAUAAGUCCCCUUUCUUCUAUUCCACGUUAACUCUAUUUCAAAGGUUUGGCUGUGAGCGUUGCUUUGCGUUUUUUGCUCGUGUCGACGAAUGGAUGUUUUUAAUUUUUUGUAGUUGCAAUGAAAUCACGCAUUUACUCUUCCCAAACUAUUACCCGUUUGUUUCGGUUUUAAUUUAUUGCUUUCCGAUCCCGCACUGCCAACGUAAUAAAUAAUAAAAUAUAAAAAGUCGUUGUUGAUGUUGCCCAAUGGCAUUUUAACUCGAACACAUUUCCAACAUCGCUCGCAGACGUUUCCGUUAAAAAGACGCCGAGCGUGAUUUAUGUGCUAAUAAAAAUAUGUAAAUAGAAAA